CCUCAACAACCUUGUUCUGAGUGGGGGGACUCGCCAAAUUCUCAACAUGGUUAUCCAACUAUACACUCUCAGAUCUUCGAUCCGGCCGUUACAGGCACAAGUCCAUCGAUAUUUCUCCUCCGCAGUAACGGCGAGGAACUCCUCGCCUACCGAGCCCCCGCUGGAAGAAGACUUCUCCAGCCCUGCAGAGGCGGUCGACCCUCAACACCCUACCUCGAAUCCGCCUCUCUCUGACCUACCAGCACACCCUACCCCGAAGACGCCCCUCUCCGACCUGCCAGCAACCAUCCUCAACGACUACUAUGAGACCGAGUGCCCCAAUGACGCCCAGCUCGCCUACGCGGACAAGUUCUUCGCCCCCUCGCGCCACUCCCCUGUCAAGCUCUGGUCGGCCAGCAAGUUCCUGACGACGCCCAUGUCCGCCCACGAGCCCGAGGUCUGCUUCCUCGGCCGCUCCAACGUCGGCAAGAGCUCCCUCCUGAACCGCAUCAUGACGGGCAAGCUCUGCUACACCUCGACGAAACCCGGCCGGACGCGGGAGAUGAACGCCUUCGGCAUCGGCGGCACCAAAGGCGGCGAGUCGAAAAUCGUGCUGCUGGAUAUGCCGGGCUACGGCUAUGGCGGUCGGUAUAAUUGGGGUAAAGAAAUCAUGAAGUACCUGCAGAAGAGGAAGCAACUCCGCCGCAUCUUCCUCCUCAUCGACGGCUUCCACGGCAUGAAGCCCAUGGACCGCGUCAUGAUCCGCUCGCUCAGCGAAUACGGCCUCCCCUACCAGAUCGUCGUCCCCAAGAUCGACAAGGUCCUCGUCAAGCAGCGCAGCCAGCUCCGCUCCGGCAUCUCGGAGUCCUCCCUCGCCUUGUGUCGCGACCUGCACCGCGAGUUCCGGGAGUCGGCCGCCGACAUCGCCCGGGAAUGGAACGGUCCCCCGCCCCUCGGGGAGACCCUGACCGCCUGUGCGCACCUCGAGCGCACCCCCGGCAAUUACAUCGGCAUCUCCGCCCUGCGCUGGGCCAUCUUGAAGGCGGCCGGGUAUGAUGCGAAUCUGGACGCGGAGGGGAAUGUGAUUAAGCAAGAGAAGGCGGCGGUGACGCAGGUACAGAACGAGGAGGGCGAAGAGAAGAAGAACACCAAGACGAAGGCCGGUAAACUUCCGGUAACGAAGGUGUUCAGUGGGCCAAUCACUUUUUCAUCCCACGUGUCGCCCAAACGACGAUGAAACAGAGAUGGAGAGAGAGAGACUCCUUCACGGGGACCCCCCAGAAAUCGAAUUCACCAUGGUACCACCCAUACAACGAGAGCGGAAGGGAAUCAGGACACAAUUUGGACGUGCCUUGAAUUGAUUUUCACUAAGACGGGGGGGCCAUGUUCACCCCUCCGCUCCCCCAAGGCGGGAGGCAUAAAUAUUGCCAUGUUUUCUGUCACAUUUGGAGCAAAGGCUAUGCGCCUCGCAUCAUGUUCGAUGCUACCGGUGCCCAUUUGUGAAGGUCAUCUGGUUUGAUCUUGC